GUAGGGCGUGAAGUGGCUCACCCUGGGGUAGCUAACGAUUUUAAUGACGAGGAUGCAAAAAAGUAUUAUACAUAUUAUCAAUGGGUUUGUUUUGUACUCUUUUUCCAGGCUGUGGCUUGUUAUGUGCCUAAAUUUUUAUGGGAUGCAACAGAAGGAGGGCUAAUGCGUUCUAUUGUCAUGGGACUGAACAUUGGAAUAUGCCGGGAAGACGAAAAAUGUGCCAAAAAACAAGCCCUAAUCGAAUAUGUUUUGAAACGUUUGAGACGCCACAAGUUAUACGUAUUGCGAUAUUUUGCAUGUGAAGCGCUUUGUUUUGUUAACAUUAUCGUACAGCUAUGGAUGAUGAAUCGUUUCUUCGAUGGAGAAUUCUAUGCGUAUGGAUGGAAGGUACUGAAGUUUUCAGAAGUGCCACAAGACCAGCGAUUAGACCCAAUGGUGUAUGUUUUUCCACGUGUCACAAAAUGCAUAUUCUACAAGUACGGAGCAUCAGGAACAAUUCAAAAACACGAUUCACUGUGCAUUCUACCAUUGAAUAUUGUGAAUGAAAAGACCUACAUUUUUAUUUGGUUUUGGUUUAUCAUAUUAGCCACGAUGCUACUUGGAUUAUUAAUCUACAGGUAAGUGUCAGAACAAUAAUAGUAAAGAGUUUGCCGGAGAAUUUUCUUUUUUCUAUAACGCUUUACUUCCAUUCCAAAGGAAGAAACCACAUUUUGUGAGUAUGUCAGGAGUGGGAUUCGAUAUUUGACAUGAUAGUCUUGUGUUCUAACCAUCCCAACACGUUCGCUCCACUGCACAUUGGGCAAAAUCAAGCCCAAAGGUGGAAAAAAUUAAUAGCUUUCUUAAUACAAGACCCUAUGUGACCAUCGAUGGCUUAUUCGAAAGCAAAUUUUCUCAAGAAUUGAUUGGUGGAUGAUUCAUGUACGGGCAACUACUCUGAAGCAAGUUAUAGAGCCCGUUUUACCCUAGAUGCCCCUUAAAUUUGAGAAUAUCUGCUAUUUUACGGCAUUUGUUAUGAUUUAAAUGAUUUUUUUUCGCUGGGAUACUAUCGCCACAACUGCAUUGAGUAACGUUACAUAUAAAAAGUCAUUAAAAUGUUGGGGUAUUCUGGGGUAAAUUAGGCAACGGUAUAUUUUCGAGAUAAAAAUUCAUUUUUUAUUUUUAUUAAUGAUUUUUUACGUGACAAUAACUAGACAAAUGAUGGACAUGAAUUAUUUCCAAAGAAACCAUUUUUGGCAAGUAUUAGUGAUAUUUGAGUUCUCGCGCAUUUAAAUAUGAGUAGUUCUCAUCCUAAUAUCACCGAUUUCAAACAUUUCCAACAAUAAUAAUUGUAAAUGUUUCCUGCAAAAGUUCAUUAAUUUUCUCGGAAGUUUAGUAAUAAAGCAUCUGGUCGAUCUGUUAUCUAAGAAUUUCUACACUCAGAAUAAAAAACAUUUUAAAUUUAAUAUUUCUGCACUUAGAUUAUGACCAGUUGCUUUUACACUUGAAAACUAUGUACAGCGCUGUUGAAUCAUUGUCGAUUCAAUCAUGAUAGAAUUUAUGUGCGUCGCUUUCGGUUUUCAAUCGUUCAGCGUAUGGGUUAUAUUGGAUCGAAUAUUGACGGUUUUCCCCCUUAUCGAACGCGACGAUUUCAAUCCGUCGCGGAUGAAACCGUCGCCAGAGUCGUCGCAGCCAAUCAGCAGGCGGGAGUCUGACGUUUCUCCGAUCUCACUAACACAAACAGCAGCAGAGGUGGUGCUUGAUUCGUUGCGAUGAUUCAGAAAUGCCGACUGGAAGUUGGCAGCGCGUAUUGUUAGGGAAGCAACAUACAAUAACAAAACCAUUUUCAGGUGGGAUUGGCUUCGAAACGUAUACGUAUAAAUAAAUGCAAUCAUCAUAUAUAUAAAAUCCCAGAGUUGUCUGUCCUUCCGUCACGCUUUGAAAUGUUUCAUUGAAAUGUUUCAUCGAAAUGUUUCACUAUAGCUAUAUCAAACUUUUCAAAAAAUUCGAAAACUUUCUUGAAGUUAUUGAACUCUUCAGAUAUAACAUUCUGGAAUAUUCUGGAACAUCGAAAUGCUUACAACUUUCGAGAACUAUCUGGAAGUUACUGAAAGUUUAAGAAAAACUAUUCUGGAAUGUUCUGGAGUAUCAACAGUCGUCUACGGUCAAAAAGUAGAUACAUGAUAGAAUAUAUUCUGGCGCUUCUGGUAAAUCCAAUGCUGAGGAAAUGUUUCACAUAUAUAUUGAUACACUGGCUUCUGAGAAGAAGCUUCUUCAAUUGUUAUUCUAGAAGCAUCAAGAAUCUCCUUGAUGGAUAAAAAUUCUCUCAAUUUAUGUUAGAGCAUGAGCAUGAGCAUGAGCAUGAGCAUAGAUGACCGUACUAUUCGUAGUUGCUACUCCGUGAUUGACCAGAACAAUCGAAGUUGCACAAGGAACCAACAGACGGAGCUUGGGAGUAGCUUACCGUCCUCAAUGUGCAUCUUCGAGAAUUCCAAGCUUUAUUAGGUCAAUAACGGCGCCGGCCACGUCCUUACGGUCAUCGAGGAAGGAAAGGAAUGUUAUUAUGACGUGCGUUGCUUACUAAAGACCGAGAUCACCUCUGCGUCUCCACGUCUGUCAUGGGAAGGACUUUUUGUUAGUGUGGAAGGGAAGGGCGCAUGAUAUGAGUUCACUUUGGUAAGUGGAGUGAUUCAUGCAACCCUAUUACUAUCAAACCACUUAUUUUCAUUUGGACUAAAACAAAACACAUGCCGACAUCGAAGAUGACGAACCAUUCAGAUAGUUUUCGAAGUGCGAAAAUUAACGAAAGAGAAAAUAAAGUGAUUUGAACCAACGUGGCUUUGGAACUUGGACACUUGACGUGACGAACAUUUCAAUGUCUGUUGACUAAAAUCGCAAAAAAUGUUGUUUGUUGCAUUUAUCGUAUCAUAAAUCACCCCGUACGAAGAUGAGCAGUCAAAUAGACGACGACGACGACCGAAUGAAAACGCGGCCUGUACACUUUGCCACCAAAAACUCACUAAAUCACCCCGUACGAAGAUGAGCAGUCAAAUAGACGACGACGACGACGACGACCGAAUGAGAACGCGGCCUGUACACUUUGCCUCCAAAAACUCACUCUCGCAAAAAUCUAGCAAAGCGAGCGCGCGAAACUUUGCUGCUGCCGAACUACCGCACACUACUGACUGCUUGGCGUCCCGUCGUCGGAGCCCCGCAGAGGGAAGAGGAAAAAAAUCGCAAAAAUCUAGCAAAGCGAGCGCGCGAAGCUUUGCUGCUGCCGAACUACCGCACACUACUGACUGCUUGGCGUUCCGUCGUCGGAGCCCCGCAGAGAGAAGGGGAAAGAAAAUCGCAAAAAUCUAGCAAAGCGAGCGCGCGAAACUUUGCUGCUGCCGAACUACCGCACACUACUGACUGCUUGGCAUCCCGUCGUCGGAGCCCCGCAGAGGGAAGAGGAAAAAAAAUCGCAAAAAUCUAGCAAAGCGAGCGCGCGAAACUUUGCUGCUGCCGAACUACCGCACACUACUAGACACUACUGACUGCUUGGCAUCCCGUCGUCGGAGCCCCGCAGAGGGAAGAGGAAAAAAAAUCGCAAAAAUCUAGCAAAGCGAGCGCGCGAAACUUUGCUGCUGCCGAACUACCGCACACUACUGACUGCUUGGCGUCCCGUCGUCGGAGCCCCGCAGAGGGAAGAGGAAAAAAAAUCGCAAAAAUCUAGCAAAGCGAGCGCGCGAAACUUUGCUGCUGCCGAACUACCGCACACUACUGACUGCUUGGCAUCCCGUCGUCGGAGCCCCGCAGAGGGAAGAGGAAAAAAAAUCGCAAAAAUCUAGCAAAGCGAGCGCGCGAAACUUUGCUGCUGCCGAACUACCGCACACUACUAGACACUACUGACUGCUUGGCAUCCCGUCGUCGGAGCCCCGCAGAGGGAAGAGGAAAAAAAAUCGCAAAAAUCUAGCAAAGCGAGCGCGCGAAACUUUGCUGCUGCCGAACUACCGCACACUACUGACUGCUUGGCAUCCCGUCGUCGGAGCCCCGCAGAGGGAAGAGGAAAAAAUCUAGCAAAGCGAGCGCGCGAAGCUUUGCUGCUGCCGAACUACCGCACACUACUGACUGCUUGGCGUCCCGUCGUCGGAGCCCCGCAGAGGGAAGAGGAAAAAAAAUCGCAAAAAUCUAGCAAAGCGAGCGCGCGAAACUUUGCUGCUGCCGAACUACCGCACACUACUAGACACUACUGACUGCUUGGCGUCCCGUCGUCGGAGCCCCGCAGAGAGAAGGGGAAAGAAAAUCGCAAAAAUCUAGCAAAGCGAGCGCGCGAAACUUUGCUGCUGCCGAACUACCGCACACUACUGACUGCUUGGCAUCCCGUCGUCGGAGCCCCGCAGAGGGAAGAGGAAAAAAAAUCGCAAAAAUCUAGCAAAGCGAGCGCGCGAAACUUUGCUGCUGCCGAACUACCGCACACUACUGACUGCUUGGCAUCCCGUCGUCGGAGCCCCGCAGAGGGAAGAGGAAAAAAAAUCGCAAAAAUCUAGCAAAGCGAGCGCGCGAAACUUUGCUGCUGCCGAACUACCGCACACUACUGACUGCUUGGCGUCCCGUCGUCGGAGCCCCGCAGAGGGAAGAGGAAAAAAAAAUCGCAAAAAUCUAGCAAAGCGAGCGCGCGAAACUUUGCUGCUGCCGAACUACCGCACACUACUGACUGCUUGGCAUCCCGUCGUCGGAGCCCCGCAGAGGGAAGAGGAAAAAAAAUCGCAAAAA